AUGGCGUUUGACCUUCUAGGCAAAGAGAAAACUGCACAAGCUAAAGACUCGUCUGAAUUUGUUGUGCAGCGAAGCACUAUUUUGCUGUUUGGCUGUGUGGUAAAAGGUGGAUGGAUGUUGACCGUGCUGAGGUUUAUCUGGAUUUCAGUAAAGCAUUUGACACCAUCUCCUGGAGAGAGCAUCCUCAUAGCUAAACUGAGGAAGUGUGGUCUGGAUGAGAUCGAUACUGCAGGGGAGAGCCAGCCAGGGUUUGAAGCCAGCACAGCAGCUGCAGUAGCAGCCAAAGGCUGGGUUUGGGGAGCUGCUGAUCCUGUCCAGCUCCUGUCUUUGCUAGACUUGAAGGGUGUUAUAGUCACUCUGAGUGAUGAUGGACACCUUCAGUGUUCCUACCUUGGAACUGAUCCUUCAAUCUUCCAGGCUCCUAGGAUUGAUUCUAGGGAAAUAAACUAUGAAGAAUAUGAUGCUGAAAUGAAAGAGCUUCAGAAAAUCAUCAAGGAGGCCACAGUAAAGCAAGAUAUUUUACCCAAAUCUGAAAAACACAGAGAUGUAAUUGUCACAGCGGAAGUUUCACCCGAUUUGGAUGCAGAAUCUCAAGCCAUUGACAGUGAGGUAAAAGCAGAGGCAGUACCAUCAGUCACAGUAAAGAUAACAACACAGAGCAGAGUAACUGCGCAGAAACCAAACCUGGCAGUAUGUGUACAAGCUCCGUUAGCAGUGACCUGUGACCAGUUCGUCUUUGAUGAUUUAGAACCAGAUUCAUCUGAAACUGUGGUACUGUCUGUCUUUUUGAAGGAGAAUUGUUCUCCAUCAGAACUAGAAGGAAAUUGUGUGUUUUCCUAUAAUAUACCAACAGAUCUCAAUCCUGAAGGAAUUCCAAAAGUUGCACAGUGUAGCUUCAGGCUGCCUUUGCGGUUGGUUUGCUUUCCAGCGCAGCCUUCAAAAGCAGCAAACCACAAGCUAACGAUUGAUACCAAUAAACCUCCUGUCAGUUUUCUCACCAUUUUUCCAGACUUUGCUGAUCCAUCUGUGGAUGACCAGGCAAAUGUUCUGGGAUUUCAGUUUUUAGCGGGUUCAAAAACCACUCUUCUUGCUUCAAAAACAUCACAACGGUAUAGGAUCCAGAGUGAUCAGUUAGAAGACCUUUGGCUGAUAACAAAAGAGCUCACACUUCGACUUGAAGAACAUUUCAAGAAGCAAAACUGCAAAGAUUUUACAUGUACCUUUUCAGGUUCAGUUCCCCUGCAAGAAUAUUUUGAACUAAUUGAUCAACAUUUUGAGCUACGUUUGAAUGCUGAAAAAUUUCAGGAGCUGUUAUCUGAAAGGGCUGUACAGUUUCGAGCUAUUGAGCGGCGAUUGCUGACGCGAUUCAAAGACAAAACUCCUGCUCCUCUCCAACAUCUGGACACCUUGCUGGAAGGAACAUUCAGAGAGGUAAUAGCUCUAGCAGAUGCAGCAGAAGAAAAUCAAGCCAACAUGUUCCAGGCAUUCACAAAGUUGAAAAGUGCCACCCAUCUGGUGAUUAUGCUGGUUAGUCUUUGGCAGAAGCUCAGUGCUGAUCAAGUUGCUAUUCUGGAAGCUACGUUUUUGCCAUUAGUGGAAGAUACACCAGAGCUG